CAAUCUCUUCAAUACACUUUGCCUUCCAUAUUAUAUAUCAGAACAUCCUCAAAAACAUUCCACCCCAUCCCUACACAAACUUCUUAUGUCCAGCCAUGAACAAGAGCUUGAAAGCAGUGAAGAAAAUGAAGGGCUUCAUGUGUCAUUCUCCUGCUUCUACUGCAGUGUGCAUGAAUCAAGAUUACAUGUCUGUGAUCGUGCCACGAAAUCUGGACAGGAAGAUUGUUGAUCGUGCAAAAUUAAUCAACAAUGCGAAAUAUAUUCGAUUAGGGGAGCCGUGUAAAGUUUCUACAACCGAUCAUAGGAGACCGAUCAAUGUUUCGUCCUUGAAAAAGGAAAAAGAAAAUGGGCAUCAAGAAGUUUCUUCCAUAGCAGCAUCUCAUAAUGUCUAUCAGGUGGUGGUAAUGAGAGUGUCUCUUCACUGUCAAGGCUGUGCUGGUAAAGUGAAGAAACAUUUAUCCAAAAUGGAAGGGGUAACAUCAUUCAGCAUUGAUUUGGAGAGCAAGAGGGUAACUGUAAGGGGGCACGUGUCACCGUCUGGUGUGCUGGAGAGCAUAUCAAAGGUGAAGAGAGCAGAAUUUUGGCCCUCUUGAGAUACAAGAAUUUCAAGUGAAUUUGUAUCAGAUGUAAAUUAAUAAUUGAUGAACAAUGGAUAUUAAGUGACGAUUCAUGCUUUCUUCUAAAAUGAGAAUUCAUCAUUUUAUAUCAAAAUCAGUUUUAAUUUAACAAAAUUAGAAUAUUCAGUACUGCAAAUCAAAAUUCAUCAUCACAGAUUUCCAUAGUUGUUUUGUUACUGUAAGAUCUCCCUUACGUACAUUGUAACAUUCCAACAAUUCGUCCCGUGU